UGAAGGCGUGGUGAGUGUGGCUCAAUACGAGGCGAGUGUGUGCGCUACAGUAGUACCGGAGGAUGAACAUGGACAGUGGCUGCACGGCGGUUCCCCUCCCUUGCAAAAGCAGCUGGGGAGAAAGCUGAACGGGAGGUGAUCAAUAUGCAGGGGAAGAUAUACCUUAUCAAUACCUAAGCCGGAUAUAAGGAGUGCAAAGAUGACCGAGGGCAGACUGUGCCAAGUGCAGCUGCUGGAUGACAGGAAGCUGGAGCUGCUGGUUCAGCCCAAGCUGCUGUCGUACGAACUCCUCGACUUGGUUUCCUCCCACUUCAACCUCAAAGAGAAGGAGUUCUUUGGACUCGCAUUUUCUGAUGACAAUGGUCAGCGUAAGUGGUUGCAGAUGGACCGUAGAGUUCUUGAACAUGACUUUUCAAAGAAGUCCGGGCCCAUCGCCCUCUACUUCCUGGUCAGGUUUUAUGUAGAAAACAUAACACAGCUUAAGGACAUCAUAACGGUGGAGUUAUUCUUCCUGAAUGCAAAAUCUGCCGUCUACAAUGGGAUUAUAGAAGUGGAAAGUGAGAACGUCUUCAAAUUAGCUGCAAAUGCUUUGCAGGAGGCCAAGGGAGACUACACAAGUGAUGAAAACACAAGAGCUGAUUUGAAGAAACUACCAACUCUUCCCACCAAAGUGCUCAAGGAACAUCCGUCCCUUGCAUACUGUGAGGAUCGAGUGGUUGAACAUUAUAAACAGCUGAAAGGAGUCUCCCGAGGACAGGCCAUUGUGCAGUAUUUGACGUUAGUGGAAUCGUUGCCCACGUAUGGCGUGCAUUACUUUGAAGUAAAGGACAAACAAGGGAUCCCGUGGUGGCUUGGAAUCAGCUAUAAAGGCAUCGGCCAGUAUGACCUGCAGGAUAAAUUAAAACCUCGAAAGCUUUAUCAGUGGAAGCAGCUGGAAAACUUGUACUUCCGGGAGAAGAAAUUUGCUGUGGAAGUUAAUGAUCCACACAGGAGAGCAGUAACCAAGCGCACCUUUGGGCAGACGGGCCUCCUCAUCCACACGUGGUAUGCCAGCCAUUCUUUGAUCAAAACCAUUUGGGUCAUGGCUAUUAGCCAGCACCAGUUCUACUUGGACAGAAAGCAAAGCAAAACUAAAUUAGGAACAGUAAGAAGUGUGGAGGAAAUUGCCAUGGAUCUCACAGAGCACGGAGGAGCCAAAAUAAGCAGACUGGGAGACACAGGCCUGAAGAAUAACUUCAUAACAUCCAGCAAUGGCAGCCUGGUGUCUACAGGCUCUGGAGACUCUGAAAUGAGUGAAGAACAGAAGAAAGAGAAACUCUCUGAGCUGAGAAAAAAAGAGCAGGAGAUCCAAGAUAUUUUGGCCAAGAAAACGAAAGAACUGAAGAAGAUUUGCCUGAGAGAGGCGGAGCUUACUGGCAAGCUGCCAAAAGAGUAUCCUCUCUCUUCAGGUGAAAGACCGCCGCAUGUCAGACGGCGAGUUGGCACUGCUUUCAAGUUAGAUGACCUUUUCCCCUACAAUGAGGAUCCCUUCCUGAGGAACCUGGAGAGCAGAUUUGCCUUGCAACAAAAGAUUGUGGAGGCGGCUAAGAAGCUCGCAAAUGAGUCAGAACUGUGCAAAACUGUCAAGAAAAAGAGGAGGAGAAACUGUUUGGAUGCCAUGCACACACUCCAGCAGAUAGAGAAUGAGAUGAACCAGUACAGAAUCAAGAAGGGAAAAAAGCCCACACAGCGGGCCUCUGUGAUCAUUGCAGAUGAACUCAUCCGUUCAGACUGUAGCUCGCUGUCUAGUCUCCCGCUGGAUGAUGAUGACUCAGAUGGUGUUAGUCAGAGGCCGCGCUCACGGUCGGUCCAAGGUUCCCCUCAGCUCAGUCCAAUGCGAUCGCUGGGAACAGAAUAUGAUGUGGAUAGACGGGGAUCUCCGAGGGAGAAUCACCACAACAAGAACCACGGCAGAUUAGCUUUUGAAGGCCAGGAUGCUUCUCACCACUACCAGAAUCCAAGAGAGGUCUCCUCCACCCACAGUAGUCCCUAUAAAACCCUUCCCAGACCUCCUAGAAAUCCACGCAGCAUGCCUCCCACCCCAGUUAUGACCCGCAAUGCCUACAGCAGCAGCCAGCUCAGGUUGGAGGGGUCUCCUCAUUGCUUCCGGCAUCGCAGCGGGAGUCUGGAGUCGCAGCCCCAGCUAAAGAAAGACACUGACUCAGAGAAGCCCGUUUUCAUCUUGUCACCAGCCCACCGCAGCAACAGCACAGAGGUGUUGGAGGACUGCUCGUCCUACACCAGCCAGUCCAGUCUGGACUACUGCGGGGCGGCCAACUCCCACUACAGUACACUGGACUCCCGAACCUCAACCAUGCAUCGUCUCCACAGGAAGGUGGAAGUGUAUGGGAAUACUGGGAGUAUGCCCAACUUGGUCCAGCACCACUCUGGUUGUAGUUAUUCAUGUGACACCUCAGCACACUAUGCACCCAGUGCCUACUACGUUGCCGGCUACCCCUGCCCGGACAUGGAGCCUUACGCUAACGGUGCCUACGUGUAUGAGAAUGACGUGGAAGGCCACUACAACGUCAACCCUUCCUACCAAAUAAAUGGGUAUCAUGGACAUGACAGAUUCAGGAAUUACAGCAGUGAUCGGGCAGAUAGUCUUUCCCAGAAUCCCUACGCAACAGUGAGGCCUCCGCGGAACAGAGAGGGGCCCAGAAAUGAGCUGUUGGCCAAGAACAUGCAGAAGGCCUUGGUGGCAGAGCAUCUGAAAGGCUGGUACCACCGAAGCAAGAGCCCCAGGGAUGGAGGGAGGAUGCUGGCCGGAUAUGACUUUGACAGCGGCUCUCAGCACAGCCUGGGCUACCAGACCAUGCCAGCGGCCUUCAGCCACUCCAGCAGAACCACCUCCUUUUCAUCAGUGUCCUCAGUGGAAAGCGCAGGAAACUGGCGGAACCAGCUGGCAGUAGGCCUGACCGAGUACGAUACACCCGACACGCCUCAGUACCCACACCCUGGAGCGUCUGCUUCUACGUACAACCGCAGUCCUUCACACAGCAGAUUUCCUCCAGAAAACAAAGUGUCUGAAACAAUGCCUAAAAAAUCUGAGUCAGUUGAGGUGAUUGGCUCUGAGGCCACUAGUACAGAUGAACCAUCAGACAACCUUUCUAGCACUUAAGGAUUUCACCUGAAUGGAAGCUACAUGGGCAUCCACUGAAGAGGACCAAACCAAACUUUGGCACAAAUAAAGCCAUGGCCAGCAGCACAUGAAGGGGAUGAAGUCGAAACAUAGGCUGUACACAAACUUUUGUUGCUGCCAUAACCCUGUCUUGGGAGAUGUUCCAUCUGUUAGGUUUUUGGCAGAGUCUAUGUGUACACUGUGCUCAUGUUAAAGUAACCUCUGAACACAGUGAUGACACUCUUGAAUGACUUUCCCAUGUGCCUUGGAUUGGAAGAAUUGUACAGGCAGAUGAGAAUGUGUCAAGGAACUUUAAGAUGUUGCACAAUCACACUGGAUUCAAACCCUAUUGUGUUUUAAAGAGGAAAAAAGAGGCAACAUGUGUUUUUACUGAAAUCCAACUCCAUGUGGAACUAGCUACUGCCUUAUACAAAACAGUAGGUUAUAGAAUAAAAAUGUUUUUCACCACUUUCAUCUCGGUAAAGUAUGAUACAAAUAGUCUUAAAUAUACCAUCCAAAUUGAAAACAAACUUGAACAUGUUCCCAAUGUGACAUUACAAGAACCCAACUCAUCACUCAUUAGAGCAGGUUGUGUAUUCGAUGACUUAACAUUUCUUCCUUUCGUUAAACUUCUAAUCAAAUUGUAUUUUGUCAAUAUUGUUUAUAGAAACAUUUGUCUUUGUUGGUGGCGUAAUGUGUUUAAAAUGCAUGGUAAGAUUUUUCUUUUGUUUUCGUUUUUUUACAAGAACUUCUUUUUAUAUUAACAGAAGACCACUGCCGUAAAAACCAUAUACAUGUCUCGUUUUCUCACAUAUUUGUACAGUCACUGUGUAGUUAUAUGUUGUUAGAUGUUGUCAUAAAAUAUUUUCCACUGGGAACAAGGAUGUGAAUAAAUACAUGUGUGACAGAUA